AUGCAGGCGGCGGAGGGGGCGGCGAAACUGCUGUACGUGGUGGUUGUAGAGGAUGAUUCCGAGACGCCAGCGCCGGCGGAAGCCGGGAAUAAGGGUUCACCGUCGUUUAGAUACACGCGUUCCGUCCUGCAGAGUACUCUGCAGCUCAUGGGUUGCAAGGCUCGUCACGCCUUUAAGAUUAGCCAAAGGGUUUUUGAAGUGAUGAAACGCAAGCACUUUGUGGAGAAGUUUGUCUCAGAAUCUAUAGAGGUGUCACCACAGGUUGCUAAAUUAUAUCCUCAAGGGGAGAAUAAAUGCUAUUUUCCACCCUGUUCGGGCAAAGAAGAUGUUGAUCAUUCAUCUGAGACGAAAGAUGUGAGCAAAAGCAAACCAUUUGAAUCGUACAAGCGACGCACAACCAUGGUUGUUGGAAGAAAAUAUUUUCUAGAUGUUGUUUGUGAGGCUCUCUCAGAGUACAAGUAUGUGGGUUUAAAUCAGAGGGCUGAUCUAGUAUUAGCUUGCAGAAUCAGAGAAAGAAAGGAAUCUGUGACUGUCUUGCUCUGUGGCACGAGUGGCUGUGGAAAGUCUACUUUAUCUGCCUUAUUGGGUAGCAGGUUGGGUAUCACUACUGUUAUAUCUACCGACUCAAUUCGCCAUAUGAUGAGGAGCUUUGCUGAUGAGAAACAAAACCCAUUACUUUGGGCCUCAACUUAUCAUGCCGGUGAACAUUUGGAUCCAGUUGCAGUUGCAGAAGCUAAGGCCAAAAAGAAAGCCAAGAAAUCAGGUGGGGUUUCUGCUGCCUCUCUAGCUAAAGAUGAAGGGCUCAGUAAUCCCACGAGUGAAAAAUCCAAAUGCAAUACAACGGCCAGUGAUUUAAUUAGUCCGAAACAGAUGGCUGUUGAAGGAUUCAAAGCACAAAGCGAAAUGGUAAUUGACAGCCUCGAUCGACUUAUAACUGCAUGGGAAGAAAGGAAAGAAUCGGUUGUGGUGGAGGGGGUUCACUUGAGUCUCAAUUUUGUGAUGGGCCUCAUGAAAAAGCACCCAUCUAUCAUCCCCUUCAUGAUCUACAUCUCAAAUGAGGAGAAGCAUCUGGAGAGGUUCGCCGUUCGUGCCAAGUACAUGACGUUAGACCCGGCUCGUAACCGGUAUGUCAAGUACAUCCGCAACAUUCGCACCAUCCAAGAGUACCUCUGCAACUGUGCCGACAAGCACCUCGUCCCCAAGAUCAACAACACCAAUGUCGACCGUAGUGUGGCCAUCAUCCACGCAACUGUUUUUGGCUGCCUCCGCCGGCGAGAGUCGGGCGAUCCCCUCUACGAUCCCGUCACCAACAAGGUCCCCGCCAUGGACGAAGAGUACCGAAGCCAGUGCACAGCCUACUCUCUGAGCUCCAAGGGAAUGUUCCAGCUCAUCCAGAGGCAAGGAUCCACCAGGAACUUUAUGGCGCUCGUCAAUGGCGACGGCUCUGUGGCUAGGGCGUGGCCUGUCGACGUUGUGGGGGACGGGCCUAUGUACGGGCCGCUGCGGGUUGGGAGGGCAGAGCCUGUCAACCUGCAAUUUGGCCACUUUGGGAUAAGUGCUUGGCCUGGGGAUACGGGGGGCACGAGCCAUGCCGGAAGCUUUGACGAGUCGAGGGGAGAGCUGACGGACAAUGGGAGCAGGUACUACUCGUCGUGUGGCAGCUCGCCCAGGAUAUCUGAUGGGCCCGCCAAAGAGCUCAAGGAAGAACAGUCUGUGCAUGGUAGUGAUGAGGAGGAGAUCGAUGAGCCAUUGGAGGUAGACAGUGAUGAAGAUCUUAGCGAUGGGCAGAAGGAACUACAAGAAGAGAUGGAGGGGUCAGUGGACGAGGAAUCCACAAAAUCGGACGAGGAGUAUGAUGACCUUGCCAUGCAGGACAGUGGUUACAUGUGUGAUGACGACCACCACCAAGAGUUAAACCUAACGAAAAUGAAGUCCAUGCAUUUGGUGCCCAUCUCGAGAGACGAUGACCAACCUUGCAACAAGGGCAAAAAAAGUCCCAACCAGUUCUCGAGAACCAAAAGCGAGCCUCUUUCUGCGUCGCUGGUGGUGCGAGAAUUUGCGACUCCACUCAAGGACAAAAAUGAGAGAAGGGUGCCUCUGCCGGGUGAUGAUUAUAGAGCGCGAAUACCUUCUCUGGGUGUGCAUCACUUUUAA